UGGGAAGCACUUUCUUCUGUUUAUUUAUUUAUGAAAUAAUCAAUCUACUAUGAAGAUUCUCAAAUAUGAUAGACACAGUCUACAGUGAUCAAUAAGCCUCAUUUAUUGGCGUAUUUGCUCUGGACCGCCAUGGGCCUGUACCUGCAAGACCUCACAGCCCUGAACGCAAGGCAGCGAUCUAUUGUACACCGUUUAUUGAACGGCCUCUGUUUUUAAACUUUCGGGGGCGGCGCGAGAACCCUACAAACGGGCGUCCAAGGUCGGACGGACACAAAGAAAUGCUAUCUAACAUUCACCACGAUCAUGUCGUCAGUAUGCGGUAUGCACUGGCAUAAGGGCAAUUGAGAUAUGUGAGACAUAGGGAUGCUGUCAUGGUGUGCUCAUGGUCUCUGUCACCCAUCGGACGACCCAUACACGACCGGAUGGAAGAAGGCUUGUUCCUUCUUGUCCCUUCUUCCAUUCGGUUUGAGACAGCGCGUGCCUGGCAACUAGUAUCCUUCGGAUUUCGAGUACCUGGUGAGCACACUGCAUCUGUGAUAUCGAAAAAGUUGACCUACGGGCCAUGAUUCGUCAAACUGCCAUGCUCCUAUGUCCAAUGGGGACGCCGACUUGGGCGACCAACCGCCAGGCUGGGAUAGGACAGGGCAAAGUACAUCGUAUCGAGGCGGUGCAAGGCCGCUCUUGGUUUACUUUAUAAUCCCCAUGUGGGGAGGAACCCUUACCAAAACCCUUGACGACAUUAUCACGGGCGCUCUUUGUUUCUCUUUCGAUGUUCUAUAUCUUCUUAAUGCCUCUUAUAUUUAGUCUUGGUUUCGUUUUCCCCUUCUAGCUUCUGUGCUCUUCAAUACUGUCACCGAACCCUUCAAUGAUCGUCGCCUACAAGGCUGAGCAACAGCCAAGCACCGCCACCAAACCACCUCCACAAUGGGACUUUUUGGGAAGUCAAAGAAGAAGGACUCGUAUGAGUCGCAGCAAACAUACGGUCAACGAGCACAGUCAUCGUAUGAUUUGACUUGUGACCGCCGGCGCUACAGAGAUGGGGACUAUGCGCUCGACCAUCGCCAGCAGUAUCAGUACCAGCAGUAUGGUGCGCCGGCUCUCGCUCCACCAGGCUGGAUGCUGGCACCGCCGUACAUGCAACCGCAACAGCAACCGAUUCUGAUACAGAACAAUUACGUACUUGCGCCUCCGGCACCUCAGUCGAAUGGGAAGGUUAGCAAGGUCAACAAGCUGGCCUCUGCUUCAGUCGCCAAUCUCCCGUCCUUUCUACAAGGAGAUCUGCCGAAUUACAUUCCGGGUGCGCAACUCUUCAAUAGUGGGGUUGCAGAGUGGCAGAAAGAAGGCGUUCAGUACAUGAACCAAGGAGCAGCGCUUACUGAUUUGAUCUCGUCGAGAUUUGAUUCGGUUCUCACUUUGAUGGACAGCGAUAAGUUUGGUAGAGAUGAGCACGAGUUGGUCGAGCUUAACGUUACCGAACAAGGUCAAGAGCCAGUACCUGCAACUCGAGAUCGGGCUUUGACGACGUCACGGAAAACUUCCAAUACGAGAGCGGAUGACCGCGGACCUCAAGGUAUUGGAAAGGCGAUAUCAACAACGGAUGUCUUCACGAAAUGGAAGCUUUACUCAAAUUCCAUGGUUGCGGAGUCUUUGACUCCCGUUAAAUUUUACACGUCGACUCUCCCGCUUCUUUGUAUAGCGGCCCAGUACUCAGACCGUGUGUACCACACUCCGAAGGGUCAAGAGAGGCAUGAACACAUACCACCCAAUGUCCGCUUGGGAACCAAGGCUAUGGUGAUAAAGUCAGUGCCGGUAGAUGCCCAAGAUGUGAUUGUCUUUGCAAUCAGAGGCAGCGCCAGGUUUAUGGAUUGGGCUGUCAACAUGAACCAAACUCCGGCCUCGCCUUCUGGCUUCCUGGAUGAUGCUGGAAACCUCUGUCAUGCAGGCUUUCUCGACGUUGCUCGCAAUAUGAUCAAGCCUGUUGCAGCUCGCCUACGACACCUCCUCCAAGAAGACCCUUCACGGUCUCGCUGCUCUCUUCUCAUAACCGGCCACUCCGCAGGCGGAGCGAUUGCCGCACUGCUAUACAGCCACAUGCUCUCGUCGAGUCGAGGAGCAGACUCCGAACUCCGAGCUCUAGCUGGCUUCUUCAAACGAAUCCACUGUAUCACAUUUGGAUCGCCUCCGAUAUCUCUAUUACCACUCCAAAAACCGCAAACCCCGGAGUUACGGAAGAGCCUCUUCCUCAGCUUCAUUAACGAAGGCGACCCGGUAUCCAGAGCUAGCAUAGCUUAUGUGCGGUCGCUGCUCGACUUAUACCUCACGCCAGCCCCCAUGGUCGCGAGUUCUCGGUCAAGAUCAGAACAAAAACCAAUGCCUAAGUCUAUUCUCAAGAAUAGCAAAGCCGCAAGUUCAAGCACGCUCGCCGUUAACGACUACCGCCCGCCUCUUCCAAGCCGCUCUACGAGCGCCCCUGACGGAGCUUCACCGAUAUGGAGAGUGCCAAAUGCAACAUUGAGUAACGGCGGUAAACUCAUUCUACUCCGCGCCGUGCCUCGAAAGCUGGACUACAAAUCGAGGCAAAGUGGCGGCGGGGAUGUUAUUCAAGCUCGUCUCGUUUCCGAUGAACAGCUGAGAUCUGUGGUUUUCGGCGAGAUGGUCGCGCAUUCAAUGUCUACCUACUUGAGGCGGAUAAAUAUUCUGGCGACGAAUGCGAUAACGAAUCGCUGAAAAGGCGUCGCUGCGCGAUUGGGAGUUAUGGAGGGAAUAGGAGGCGAAUUAACGAUACCCGGGCGGAUAUGGAGUUAUGAAUCAUCACGAAUAAAUGUCUAAUAAUACGUAAUUUUUACACGGCAGGUCAACAGUCACCCUCGGUGGCGGUAUAUUUGGUAUUUGCCAAGAGUGCGUUACUGUCUGCUCUAGAAAUUAUAUAGUCAAUAUAUAAAUAAUCAAACAUCAGCUCUUGUCGGA